AUGGCCCCUGGCGUCCAACUGGAGAAGGAGCAACGUAUGGGCUUCUUCCAAACCAUCCUUGUUGUCCUGGUCUUCCUCCCUCUCCUCAUGGUGGCCUCCCAUAACUUCCUGCAGAACUUCACAGCUGCUGUCCCCAGGCAUUGGUGCUACAUUCCGGUGGGAGACAAUGACACCACAGAGGUGACUGGAGACCUGCUGAAAAUCUACAUUCCUAUGGAUGGCAACCAGGAGCCAGACAGGUGCCUGCGGUUCAGCACCCCACAGUGGCAGCUUCUGGCCCCCAAUGGCACCAGCACCAAUGCCACUGAGCCCUGCCUGGAUGGGUGGGCGUACGACAGGAGUGUCUUCAACUCCACCAUCAUCACGGAGUGGCACCUGGUCUGUGGCCAACGCGCUCUCAAGGAUUUUGCCCAGUCCAUCUACAUGGCGGGGGUGCUGGUGGGAGCACUGGUCUACGGGGGCCUGGCGGAUAGACUAGGACGCCGGGCACUGCUGCUUUGGUCCCUGCUGCAGAUGGGUGUGAUGGGCACCGGUGCUGCCUUCGCCCCCAACCUGGCAGCCUACUGUGCCUUCCGCUUCUUCAGUGGCAUGGGUACCGCGGGCUCCAUCCUCAACGGCAGCAGCCUGACCCUGGAGUGGAUCCCAUCCCGGUUCCGGGCCAUGGUGUACACCAUCCUCGCCUGCAGCCUGACGCUGGGCCAGCUGCUCCUGGCUGGACUGGCAUACGCCAUCCGUGACUGGCGCCAGCUGCAGCUGGCAUCCUCGGUGCCCUUCUUCCUCUUCUUCCUCUACAGCUGGUGGAUUCCAGAGUCCGUGCACUGGCUCAUCGUCAACCACAGGCCUGAGACGGCACUGAGGAACCUGCGACGGGUGGCCCGGAUCAACGGCGAGAAGCUGGAGGGGGAGGGCAUCUCCCUGGAGACACUGCGGCUGGAGAUGCAGCAGGAGGAAGAGAGCUCAGGGCCCUCCCGGCGCUCUGCCCUGGAGCUGUUCCGGACAGCGCCCAUGCGUGGAGUCACCGGAUGCCUCAUGCUGGCCUGGUUCUCCAACAGCUUCUCUUACUACCACCUGGCCCUGGACCUACAGCGCUUCAGGGGCAUCAGCAUCUUCCUGGUGCAGCUGAUCUUUGGCGCUGUGGACAUUCCCUUCCGCAUGCUGGUGGCCGUGGUCGUCAACCGCCUGGGGCGCCGGCUCACGCAGUCUGCCUGCCUGGUCCUGGGGGGACUCUUCAUCCUGGCCAGCAUCCCCGUGCCGCAUGACAUGGAGGUGCUGCUGAUUACCCUGACUGUCCUGGGAAAAGGGCUCUUCUCCUCCUCCUCCAGCUGCUCCUACCUGUACACCAUUGAGCUCUACCCCACUGUCAUCAGGCAGACAGGGCUGGGGGUCACCAACAUGAUGGCCCGGCUGGGAGCGGUGGCAGCCCCCAUGAUGCAGAUGACCCAGGCCUUUGUCUCCUUCCUGCCCCUGCUCCUGUUCGGGGCAGUGCCCAUCACAGCUGGCAUCCUGGUCAAUUGCUUACCAGAGACCUUGGGGGUCCCACUAGCCAACACGAUGAAGCAGGUGGAGGACAGAGCAAGAAAGAAAAGGAGCAAGAAAGAGGAACUGAGGAAAGAAGCCAGGGGAACCAAGGAAACCAAAUUCUAA